GCUACUUUACUCUUGAGGAAAUUUUUACCAACUUUUUUCUAUAGGCCAGAGCUUGUUAGAAUUUAGGCCUUUUUUAAGGCCAAACGAGAAGGUAUAACUCUUUUGUUUUCUUUUCUAUUUGUAUAUAAUUUGUCUUGAUAACGCCUUAAAAAGUGAGUAGCUUGUGGCUUUCGUAUAUAUUGCAAUAUAUCAAGAUUUCAAGUGUUGGAUUUGGUGCUAGGUUAUAAACCUUCAUUUUUUUUGGCAAAUAUCAUUUUUUGUUUUGUUAUUGGGCUAUCAGCUUGAAAAGGUAACUAGGUUCUCCUAUUCAAACACUCCUUUUCUGUUUACAGCAUUACUUGACUAUCAUUAUGGUCUUCUCUAAGUAUAAAGAAUUUGUAGAGGACGGUGAUCUUGUGGUGGCUUGGAUUGGAAGGAAUAAACUGAUUCCUCUGAAAAUUGAAGCUGACCAAACUUUCCACAAUCAAUAUGGUGCUUUCCCCCAUUCAGAAAUGAUUGGCAAACGGUAUGGGCAACAAAUUAGCUCCACUGCUAAACAAGGAUUCAUUUACCUUCUUCAGCCCACUCCUGAACUUUGGACAUUAGCCCUACCUCAUCGUACCCAGAUUGUUUAUACACCUGAUAUAUCUAUUAUUUUCCAAAAGCUUCGCAUUGUCCAUGGGACAAGGGUUAUUGAGGCCGGAACUGGAAGUGCAAGCAUGUCCCACGCAUUAUCAAGGACCGUUGGCCCAUCUGGAAAGCUUUAUAGUUAUGAAUACCAUGCUUCCAGAUACCAGACGGCUCUACAAGAGUUCCGCGACCACAACAUGCUAGAAGGAAUAAACGGAAACACUCAUCUUAUGCACAGGGACGUUUGUAAGGAUGGUUUUGAAAUUAAGGAAUCACCACUAGAAGUGGAUGCUAUCUUUUUGGAUCUUCCAGCUCCUUGGGAGGCAAUUCCUCACUUAAUUAAACACGUUAGUCGUAAUAGUAGUUCGCGCAUUUGUUGCUUUUCUCCUUGUAUGGAGCAAAUUCAGCGUUCUGCAUCUGCUUUGCAAGACUCUGGUUGGUGUGACAUCGAGAUGCUAGAGGUCUCUUACAAACAAUGGGCUGCCAGGAAAACUAGAGUAAUACAUAUCAACGAUGCAAUCAACAGAUUGAAGGAAGUAAAGCGUCAUCGAACGGAAGGAUUUGAGCGCAGAAAAGAAAGGCAACGUUUAGAAAAACAGCUUGCCGAAUCUGCUGAGAAUGGUGUUGAGCCUACUGAUUCACAACCUUCUACUCCUAGUGAAACACCAUCCAAAAGCCCUGCUAUGACAGAAAAGGUCAACAAACGUAUUCGUGAAGGUGAUGAGGAUUACGAGUGGAGCAAUGUUGCACGUGUUGAUUCAAAUUUAAAAAGCCAUACUAGUUAUCUUUUGUUUGCUGUCCAUCUUCCUUCUCAACUUGACAACGAAAUUGAGUCUACAGAAUAAAUACUUUCACACUAACCAAAGUAAGAAUAAAAACAAGCUGCCUUUUAUUUUUCGGAUAUAUAGGAAACAAUAAAUAUACUUAUAAGCUCAA